AUGCCACCCGCCCUCAUAGGCAUUCCACCUAUCCAUUUCGGACCCUUCGUUGUGACCACCCAGGUCUUCCACCUAACCCCCACAACCUUCGCCCUCGUAAACCUCAAGCCCAUCCUCCCGGGCCACGUCCUAGUCUCCCCGCGCCGCAUAGUCCCCCGCGUCGCCGACCUCACCCCCUCCGAAACAACCGACCUCUUCCUCACAGUCCGCCGUGUAGGUCGGAUGAUCGAGCGCGUAUAUGGUGCGAGUAGUCUGAAUAUUGCGAUCCAGGACGGGGUGGAUGCGGGGCAGAGCGUGCCGCAUGUGCAUGCGCAUGUUAUUCCGAGGCAGAGGAGCGAUUUGGAUCAUUUGGGGGGGACGGAUGCGAUUUAUGACAAGUUGGAUGGGGAGGAGGGGGAUGUGGGGAGGAUUCAAAAGGAGGAGGUGAAGAAGCAGCUAGCGCAAGAUGAUGAGGGUGGGAGACGGACAAAUUUCCCGGCUGUUGAUAAUGAUGCGAGGAAACCAAGGGGUAUGGAGGAGAUGGAGGCCGAGGCUACCAUGUUGGCAAGGGAGAUGGAGAAGGAGCCGCUGGAUUGA